AAAAGAUUUCUUGUCAACACUUGCCGUGGAGGUUCUGCUCGACUCUUGGAAGUGUGUUUUUCUGCAGUUUGGGUCCCGUGUGCUUGCUUGCAAUUUUUGUGCCUUCCGGAUUUUUAUUACGUGGUUCUUCAGCUCGCAGAAUUACGGCAGGGUUCCACCUUGGUAUCGUAGUUCAUAUUUAUCUCAGUAUCGCAAACUCAACGAUUCAUACAUAAGUAGUAGGCUGCAUGCAAAUUUGCGAUUAUUGGCUGCAUUCAUUGAACAGUAGCACAAAAUCAUGACCCCACGACCUGCUCUCCCCCGCAGGACGUACAAGUGUCUCAUUCUGGACCACGAUGACACGUGUGUCGAUAGUACCGCCUCUAUCCAUCACCCGGCGCACGUCGCGGGCUGCCGGGAGCUACUCCCAAGCCACGAGCCGAUAGAUCUGGAGGGGUGGUUUCGCGUGAAUCACAAUCCGGGCGUGGGGGAGUACUUGAAGACCGUUUUCGGCGAGGAUAAGGAGGUAAUAAAGCGGGAGAUGGAAAUCUGGCAUGAUUUCAUGAAAGCAAGACAGCCGGACUUUUACCCCGGGAUGUUGGAGUUGCUGCGGGAAUGGAGAGAAGCGGGAGGGUAUAGAAUAAAGAGGAAGAUGUCAUGAUUUAGUGCUUUCCGUAUAGAAGUGUUGAGUUGUGGAGAUCAUUUUUAAGUUGAUAUAAUUCGCACGUUGUUGAUGCGCUUGAUUACUGUGCAGUAGAGAAAAUUUUUACUUUAUGAAUUCACCCCCACAUCAGCCUCGUCGCAGUGGUUUCCCACUCCCCCGCGGACGUGAUCAAGCAGCACUAUGAGAACCAGAAGUCGGAUAAGAAUCCACACCCCUUUCUCCCGGACGUGAUUUACGGGUGGAGAGAAGAUCCAUCGGAAAGAAAACCAAACGCGUGGCCGACCCUGCAGAUCAUGAAGCAGUUCGACUUGAAGGCCUCGGACUGUAUUGUGUUGGACGAUCUGUCCCCGGGCAUCAAGAUGGCGACGGCUGCGGGGGUGAAAUCGUACGCCUGUGCGUGGCAGCAUGCGAAGUUGGUGUCUGAAUUGGAGAAGUGCGGCGCGAGUGGCGCGUUUUUUUCGGUCGAAGAGUUCCGGAAGCACGUGUUUGGAAUGGAAGAGGGUACAACUGGAGAUGCAUAGGCUUAGGUUUUUCUUUCAAGAACAGCCUGCAUCAACAACAACUCGAGGACCGGUUGCACACUCGGCUUUUUUUCCGCGAACGAAGCAUUGCAAAUACUUACGACAGUUCUUGUUCUUCAGAAGCGAAGCGACACAUCAAAUUCGAAGCAUCUGAC